GAGCUGCCUUAGAAGACUCGUAUGUUAGCAGAUCUAAAAUCAAGCCAUGACUUAACAGCUUAUCUCCUGCGAGAAGAGCCCAGCCCAGGGGCAGACUGCUAGUCAGGACUUACUUCCCUGCUGGCAGGGCUGUGUGCCUGUAGCCCUGGAGUGAACGCCACUGCUCAGUGCAGAAAGUCCCUUCUCUGUGCUUUCCCUCCGAAGCACAAGCAUACACCCGUUGCAGAUUGGUGAGCCAAGACCUGGGUUUUGCCCUGGAAAUCUGUCCCACCCACUUCUGUAACCUGGCGCUAUGCAUUCGGAUCCCGGACCCUUGCACACACUGCUCUAUGGUAUUCUGCUGACUCUGUGCUCUUCCGUGAGUUCAGACUUGGCACCUUAUUUUAUUGCUGAGCCACUGUCUGCUGUCCAGAAACUCGGUGGACCUGUAGUUCUGCGUUGUUCUGCUAAACCUGUGACUGCCCGUAUCACAUGGUGGCGUAAUGGAAAAAGGCUGGAGAGAAACAUGGAACAGGUUGAGAUUCAUCAGGGGACUUUGACUAUUCUUUCUCUCAACCCCUCCCUUUCGGGCGACUACCAGUGCGUUGCCAACAACAGCGUCGGUGCGGUUGUGAGCGGCCCUGCCACAGUGUCCAUUGCCGUUCUCGGUGAUUUUGACUCAUCCACAAAGCAUGUUGUUACAGCGGAAGAAAAAAGGACAGCUCUCAUUGGCUGCCAGGUGCCAGCCAGCAACCCCAAAGCGGAGGUGCGCUACAAAGUCCGGGGAAAAUGGCUGAGGCAUACCACAGAGAAUUACUUACUCCUCCCGUCGGGAAAUCUUCAGAUUUUGAAUGUGUCCAUGGAGGACAAGGGAUCGUACAAAUGUGCAGCUUUUAAUCCUGUCACGCAUGAGCUAAAAGUCGAACCCACUGGCCGAAAGCUCCUUGUGAGUCGCCCUUCUUCAGAUGAUUUUCACAUUCUCCACCCCACCCUUUCGCAGGCACUAGCUGUGCUUUCUCAUAGUCCUGUAACCCUGGAGUGUGUGGUGAGCGGGGUCCCCACUUCUCAGGUGCACUGGCUGAAGGACGGUCAGGACGCCGUGGCGGGGAGCAAGUGGAGGAGGUUGUACUCGCAUCUCGUCACAGAUAGCAUUGACCCCGUGGAUGCCGGAAAUUAUUCCUGCAUGGUGGGAAGUACAUCUGGAGACGUGAAACACGUGACUUACAUGGUUAGCGUGCUCGAACAGGCUUCCAUUUCUAAAGGACUGCAGGACCAGACUGUGUCCAUGGGCGCCACCGUGCAGUUCACGUGUGAGGUUCGUGGGAACCCGCCCCCCAGCCGCACCUGGCUCCACAACGCACGGCCCAUCCGCCCUUCCCCCCGGCAUCGCACCGCAGAAAGCGGCCUGAAAAUCAGUGGUGUCACCGCGGAAGACUCUGGCCUGUAUCAGUGCAUAGCGGACAAUGGAAUUGGAUUCUCGCAGUCCACUGGGAGACUUCAAAUUGAAAAAGACAGUGGCCUCGAGCCAGUGAUAAUCACAGCACCGGCGAGUACCCAGGUGGUGGACGGAGACUUCCUGACUUUGUCCUGCAAUGCCAGCGGAGUGCCGGUUCCCGUCAUCCGUUGGUACGACAGGCACGGCUUGAUCACCAGCCAUCCAUCUCAAGUCCUUAGAUCUAAAUCCCGAAAAUCACACUCGCCAAGACCUGGGGGCUUUGACCUGGAGCCUGUCUACUUCAUCGUGUCCCGAGCUGGCUCGAGCUCUCUGUCCAUCCAGGCCGUCACCCAGGAGCAUGCUGGGAAGUACACCUGCGAAGCUGCAAACGAGCACGGCACCGCUCGGUCUGAGGCCGUGCUCACAGUGGUUCCUUUUGAAACAAAUACAAGAUCAGUAAUAGUCACACCCUCUGAUGCCACUCAGAAUGCUAAAAGAGAUGGUUCAGCAACUGAGUUACUGAGCUCAUUUCCAGUGAAGGAACCUUCCAGUGCAGUGGAAUCACCGUCAGAGAAAAAUGCUAGUGGUGCCUCAGUCCCCGACGCCCCCAUCAUUCUGAGCCCCCCACAGACCCCCACACCAGACACGUACAGCCUGGUCUGGAGGGCGGGGAAGGAUGGUGGGCUGCCCAUCAACGCCUACUUUGUGAAGUAUCGGAAGCUGGACGAUGGCGUCGGCGUGGUGGGGAGCUGGCACACUGUGCGGGUCCCAGGAAGUGAGAACGAGCUGCGUCUGACAGAGCUGGAGCCGUCCAGCCUCUACGAAGUGUUGAUGGUGGCGAGGAGCGCAGCCGGUGAGGGGCAGCCUGCCAUGCUCACCUUCCGAACUAGCAAAGAGAAAGCGGCCUCAUCGAAGAGCGCCCAGGCGCCCUCUCCCCCGGCGGGCCUCCCUCGGCGCCCGGUGGUCUCGGAGGCAGCGGAGCACUUUGGGGCGGUCCUGACCGACCCCUCCAGGCACAGCGGAGUUCCGGAGGCCCCUGAUCGGCCUACCAUCUCCACUGCAUCAGAGACGUCCGUCUACGUCACUUGGAUCCCUCGGGCCAAUGGGGGUUCUCCAAUCACUGCCUUCAAGGUCGAGUACAAACGGAUGGGAACUAGUGAUUGGCUGGUGGCAGCUGAAGAUAUCCCUCCUUCCAGACUCUCGGUGGAAGUUCGAACUUUAGAGCCAGGUUCCACAUACAAAUUCAGAGUCAUCGCUAUCAACCAUUACGGUGAGAGUUUUCGGAGCUCGGCAUCUCGUCCUUACCAGGUGGCGGGGUUCCCCAACCGUUACUCCAGCCGCCCCGUGGCUGGCCCUCACAUCGUGUACACAGAGGCCGUCAGCGACACGCAGAUCAUGCUCAAGUGGACGUACAUUCCAUCAAUUAACAAUGACACCCCCAUUCAAGGAUUUUACAUUUAUUACCGGCCAACAGACAGUGACAACGACAGUGAUUACAAGAGGGACAUUGUCGAAGGCUCAAAGCAGUGGCACAUGAUCGGACAUCUGCAGCCGGAGACCUCCUAUGACAUUAAAAUGCAGUGCUUCAACGAAGGGGGAGAAAGCGACUUCAGCAACGUGAUGAUCUGUGAGACGAAAGUGAAACGUGUCCCCGGAGCUUCCGAGUAUCCCGUCAAAGACCUGAGCACCCCGCCCAGUUCUUCCGGAGGUGGGGGCCACGUGGGGCCCGCGACCAGCCCCACCAGAAGCAGUGACAUGCUGUACCUGAUAGUGGGCUGCGUGCUGGGCGUGAUGGUGCUCAUUCUCAUGGUCUUCAUUGCCAUGUGCCUGUGGAAGAACCGCCAGCAGAGUACCAUCCAGAAGUAUGACCCCCCAGGGUACCUGUGCCAAGGCUCAGAUGUCACUGGGCAGAUGGUGGAGUGCGCGGCUCUGCCUGGCGCGAAGCGGAUGAACGGAAGUGUGCACGGCGGCUUCCUGAGCAACGGCGGGCUCAGCAACGGCUGCUCCCAUCUCUACCAUAAGGUCCCGAAUGGAGUCACUGGGAUCGGGAACGGGAGCCUCGACGGAGGGCUUUACCCUGGGCACGCGAGCUCUCUGACCAGGACGCGUGCAGACUUUGAGCACCCUCGUCAUCUGGUGAAUGGCGGCGGCAGGUACACAGCAGUCCCGCAGACGGACCCCGCCGAGUGCGCCGCCUGUCGGAACUGUUGGAACAACAACAGGUGUUUCACCAAAACGAACGGCACUUUCAGCAGCAGCCCCCUGUCCGUGGUCCCCCUGGCCGCACCUUGUCCCCAGGAUGGCUUGGAAAUGAAGCCCCUCAGUCACACGACGACACCUGUGUGUCAGGCUUCACCAGCCCCCGCCUGCGGCCUGUCACCUGAGAAGAGCAGCACGGAUGAGGCGGCGCCGAGACCUGCCCACCACGCCUGCUGUCCCGACGGCAGGCACGGGGUCGACUCUGAUGCCACAGCAGGCACCGCAGAGGCCGACAGAGGAGACAGCUACAUCCAUUCAGAAACAGAGACCAGCAUUUUAAGUUGGAAUCCUCUUAUUUUGCCACCUGCUUCAAAGGACUGUACUGAAAAGGCAACAUGGUCUCCUCCUGGCAUUCCUUUAGACAGCCCUUCAGGGGUCCUUCAGCAGCCGCAGGACACCUGAGGACGCGCACAGGACAGGUCACUUCCCACUGCAAGCCAGUCACUGCACAGAACGGGCCCAGGGAUGGACUGCGUGAAGGACGUUAAUUCAAAUCAGAGAAAAGUCAUUAUUUAUUUUUGUAGUAGUAAUGUCAUAUGAAUGUAUCUUAAAAUGUGUGCCCUUUUAUAUUAUUUAUGCCUUAAAAUUUGUCCUCCCUUUCCCUUCCUCCCCAGCAGUAGGAAACAUCCUAGUUUUGCAGUUUCCCAUCAUCCGAGAGCAUCCCAUGUCUUGCGAGAACCUCAGUGACAGACCAGCCGUGGCCGCCCCAGCUCGGGGGGAGCUGUGCAAGCCGUUCGGCGUUUUCAGACGGAGAGCUUUCGGUAUGGGGUCACCCGGCUCUCUGAGGACGUUCUGAAACAGCCCCAGUUGUAGCCUGCUGGUUCUCACAGCUGAGGUCUUAGGGAUUGUAUUCGUGCCUUCCACAGAGGUGCAGUGGACACGGCGACUCCCUGUCCGUGUUGGCCGCAGUUCCGUCCAUUCCCCAGGCAUCCGCUAGGCACGGGCGCAUGGGCACUCGGAGGUGGGGUCGGGUCCCUGCGGUCCCAGGAAGGGAACCAAGGCCAGAGGAAGAAGAAUGCCGUCAAGUCCUACGGCUUUAAAAUUGCAUGUGUUUAUCCAACGGUCACCUUUGGCCCCUUUUUAACUUUUCCCAAGAGUAGGGACGAAAUGAGACUUUAAACUGAUGCCUUGAAGAGAAGGAUUUACAUGUGGAGAAGACAGGGAAGGGUUUGCAGGGAGCCCAGCCUGGCAGAAGCUCUGUCAUUAUCACAGGCCUGUGCUGAUGGCGUCCCCCUGCCCCCCCAAACCAUGCUUGCCCAGCUUCCAGUGUGGGGAUGUGACGGGAGAAAAGUCUUCAUUUGGAGGGUGAGGACAGUGUGGUUUGAAAUUCCCUGACUUUUUUGCAGAAGGUUGUCAUUGUAAACAGGCUCCAAAAGCUUUGGUUAGCAGAGCCCAUCAGUCACAGUUACACUGCCUCGGAGUGACAGGGUAUUUGCAGCUGCCUUUGGAAGGCUUUUCUUCUUCCAAAAAAACCUCAAAACACAAAAACACUGCGUGUCGAAUAGCUCGAGCCCAGCUUUAAUGGAUCAUUGCUCCUUUUGGGGCUCUAUGUCCCCUUUGGGGAAAGGAACUGAAAAUGAUUCUCUUCAGAGUCAGCAGUUUCAGCAUAAAUGAAAAAGUUUUACAGUUUCCCAGAAAUUACAGUGAGAUAGACUAGAAUGCUAUGUUAAUCAACUUUCUAUAUACAUGCAUCAGUAUUCCCUUACAUACGUUUAUAUAUUUUAUAGAUAGAACUGUUAGCGAAAUGUGCCGUUGAAGCUGAGUCCCUGUGCAAGAACUCCUUCCGGUAGAAAUGCAGUGAGCGUGAUUUCGUGGGCAGGGAUUAGGGACGUUGUAGGGUCAAGUUCUCCAUCCCAGGCGUCCGUGCCUGUGCUGUGCGGGAUUUCUUCAUGCUGUAUAGAUGCAGUUAGCUUUGGAGGGGGGGUGGCUGCACCCCUGACUUCUGUGACUAGCAAAGGACAAAGUCCUAGGACACAGAACGUGAGAGCAGGCCCCGGUUAGCCAGUCACGUGACUGCAAUGCUGUCACGAAGCGGGUCUUAGAAAACCGGGACGUGAGCGCCGGCCGGACGUCAUCUGAUGCAGGAAGCAGGUGUGUCAGCGAGAGCCUAGGUCCUAAACUGCUUGUAAAGAUGAGUUUGAACGUGGGAUCUGUCCGCCAGGCAGAGAAAACGACUCUACCUUUGGGGCAGUCUCAUUGUGGACUGCUUUAUUUAUAUUGUUAGUAACGCUGUUUUAAGUGUUAUCCCUUUUAUUGUAUUUUAUUAUAAAAAAUGCCUUUAUAUAUUGAGAUAUAUAAAUAUAAAUAUAACUAUAUAUAUAAUUGCCUUCAUGUUUAGGAGUUCUGAGGUUCCCCCUGACCACGAGUUGUUCUGAACUUCCAUGCCCUGCACAGGCACCAAGCUAGCCCUGCCUGAUGGCACUGCACCGCGGGGUCGAGGGCCGUGGUGCCCUGGGGGAGGUGGCGCCAGCAUGGGCACGCUGACUGCCGUGUCCCAGGCAGCGGGCUCAGAGCGUGUUACUGCCAUCCAACAAACCCACACAGUAGGUGUCGGAGUCCGCAAGUCUCACAGUGAGCCGCAGGACCCGGAUUUGAACCCAGCUGACGUGGAGCCGUAAUCUGAGCUCCUUCCAUUUUUUCCAUGCUGCUUUCCAAAAGCAUGUGGGUUCCCUCUUGAAGGGAACCGGUCCAGCUCUGCACGCUCUGUCCGCCCCUGCUGCGAGACUCCGCCACGAGAGAGGCGGCCCCUGUACGCGUGGGCGUCCAGGCGCUUUUUCUUCGUCCUCCCGGAGUCCCGUCUCCCCCUGUGAAGCCCCUACAGCCGACCCCCGCCCGAGUCUGCUCUUCACUUAGUGGCUUAGUGAUACUGCAGUUGGACAGGCCCCUUCGUGUCCCUUUCGCCUUCAAGUUCUCUGUGAUUCUUUGCUUUCACAUUAAACUUCCCCAUUUCUGUUGUA